AUAGCGCGCAAUAUUUAUGCACGGAGCACACGGAUUACAUCAAAUAUGAAUAGAAAGACUACACCUUUAGUACCAAUUUUCAACUGCAAGAAAAGAACAAGAGAAGCCAUCAUUGCUGAGGAGGGUGAAAAUUACGCAUCUUCAUCCGAUUUGGUCCAUUAUGGACAAGGUGAUUCACAUAAUGAUGAAAUGCAACAUAUCAGCUUUGACCACAACAAUCAAACGGCACCACAUUCCUACCAGAAUAAUAAAACAUGGGAAAGUGAGCAAAACUUUAAUUACCAACCCCGGAGUCAAGGGAUGGACAAUAACACAAGGUUUCAAUAUCAGCAGAGUGCCUCACAAAUGAACAGAGGAAGACCAAGGAACUUUAAUCAGAGUUCCUUUCACAGUCAGGCAAGAAAUUCCCAGAGAUCAAACAUGGACUUGAUACCCCCAAACCCUCCAAAUCCAAAAUCAGCUAAAUUCACUGCAAACCAAAGAUCAUCAGGGGCAGGAAACAGUCAGCAAAACAGACCCACAGGAGGGGGGCAGGGCCCCACUAACAGAGGGGGGUAUGGGAAACAGGGCACUGCUAACAGAGGAGGGUACAGACAAAAUGCCAAUAGUAAAGGGUUUGGUGGAGGCAGCAGUUAUGUAAAGAAUACCAUGCAUCCAAGUGCUACUUCCAGUAGUUCUUAUCCGAAACAGGGUCAAAGCCAGUGGGACAAAAGCAAACAGUGGAAUAGCAGGAGCAACCAGGGAAGCAGUAGUAGCAACCAAUGGGACAAUAGAAGCAACCAAUUGAAGAGCAGUAGCAACCAACAAAAUCAUGUUAACAGCCAAUGGAGUAGUGGUAGCAACCAGUGGAAUAGUGACAACAAUGAGGGAAAAAGUUGUAGUGGUAACUUUGACUUAAGAAAUAAAAUAGGUUCAGCAGAAACAGGUUUUUGUAGUGGAAAUCAAAGUUGGAGUCAGUCAAGAAUUGGUGUGCAGAGACAACCAGAGAGCCAGUGGGGUAGAGGUGGUCAAAUAUGGCCGGCCAUUGACAUGAGUGGCAGUGCCAGCAAUAUGGACAAAAGAUAUGCACCAAUUGCUUCCUCAUUUCAGAUUCCCAAUGCCACUGGAGAUGGUAUUCCCCAACAUACUGUCAGCAGUGACUCCUGGCAUCAAAAUGUGUGGACAACACAGCAGCAGGGGAAUGAAAGAGCUUCUCAAAUGACCAAAGCCCCAAACACAGCUGAGACAAAGACAGCCCAGAAGCCAGUGUUGGACAGAUCCCUGAGAAUCAUAACUACAGACCUAGCUGGGAUACAGAACUGGGAACACCUCCGAGGGGUGUUCACUUUUCUGUUUGAGAUAUUUGCCCAGGUGAAUUCUGCAACAGUUAAGGUUCCAGAUGUUGAUGCCAAAAAGUUUUCAAUCAAGGAGGAUAAUGCAUCUAUGAACUGUAUCUUCUAUGAAAUUGAUCACUGUCUACCAAAGCUUACCAGAGGAAAAAUAUACAGAAUUGUGGGAUCCUAUGACAGCCACCAAAAUUUGAUCAAAUGUGUGUCGAUCCGAGAGGCCAUGCAGGAGGAGCAUGUAGCUCAUCAGAAGAAUGUGGAGGUGUGUGCAGAGUAUAAACUGAAGCUCUCCAGUCUCGUCAGGGAGCAGUAAUUAAGUUACCGUUACACACCUUAUACUAAGAGUCUUGUCAAGGAGCAGUAAUUAAGUUACCACUGGUACACACUUUAUGCUAAGAGUUUAGUAUAAACUGAAGCUCUCCAGUCUUGUCAGGGAGCAGUAAUUAAGAUACCACCGUUACACACUUUAUACGAAGAGUCUUAUCAGGGAGCAGUGAUUAAGUUAACACCAGUA